CCCCUCACGCCGUCUUUUACGGUCUUCCCACCAUCAUAGGUAGGCAAGGAAGGAAGCCAUCACCUCACUCCUGCCUGCAUUUCAUCGUCCGAUUCGGCACCUGUUUCGCGUACGGAAGUAACGUGCUUUUUCUUCGCUUCCGCCUCCUACCACACACAUACACACCACCACCCUGACACCCCAGACACCCCAAGACAACCUCACUUUGGACGACCACACCCACUUCGGGAGUUGCAAGACCUCGUCCAUCCCCGGAUCUUCCAGCUCGUUCCUGUCACCCUGGUCCCCAUCUGGCUCUUCCCCGCCAGCCACUGCGCAACCGACGUCACAACAAACUCAGCUACGCUGGCUCAGUACGCUGAUACUGCGUACACUGUCACGAAACGAGCAAUCAGAAAGUCGCGUGGUUCGAUUUUUUGGCACCCACUGUGUAGACGACGGGACUUUUAAAGACAGACUUGGUCGCACACCCCACCGUCUGAAGACACGCCACCUUUUGGAUCGUCUUACACCAAGCUUUGUCUACCAACUUUGCCUUACCUCUCAUCAGGUAGGCCCAAAUCUUCAUCCCUUCCUUGCUUGAAACACAAGCCCCGAGCUUCUUUUCUUGCUGGGCUCUUUUCGUUCGUAUAUAAAAUCAUAUACGAAUUCCACUUUUCCAUUUCCUACCUAUACCCCGCCACUACGACGACAAUGGCACCCGAAGUACUUCAACAAUUUGCCGUAGGUGGAGGACUCCCAGUAACCAAGAUGCAGGAUCCGAAAGAGAAGUUUUAUCAUCACUUCCAAGAGGAAGUCAUCAGCCUACAAGAGCAGAUCGACAAUGUGAGCUCCAUAUCUCAGGUCGGUGGUGAGAGGCAGGACGCCAUUGAUCACAUCCUGGCCGGCAUAUCGAAUCUCUCCAACGAAGUUGCCGACGCUUCCGACUAUGUUCCCUCGUAUGACCAGCGCAACUACGCUCAGGCCGUCAAAGCUCUCACAGACAAGUUGAAUGAGACCACAGCAAAGCUAGCCCCGCGUUCCCGCUUCCAAUUCAAGCCUCGCGGAGCCAGCUCAGCAACAACAUCAACCACCAAUGACCCAGCCGCGCCCAAAAUUGACCCCCGUCUCAUUGUAGGAGCCAGCCUUGCCGACCCCCUCCCCCCAUCCCGCGGCGGGCCGGUCACCGCUCCCGCAACCCAAGCCGCCACGGAGACGGAUACAGACGGCCUCGGUGAUCUCCCAAACUUCCCCAAAAACUACAACGAGGAAAUGGCCCGCCCCAGCGCCACCAAGGUCCGAAAGCCCAGCUUCUCCACCGCAAAAGACAUUGCCAUAUUCGGCCAGGACGGCCUGCACAUCAUCCUCCCGUCCUCGGCGUCGCGGGCGACGAGUUCAGGUCGCUUGACCGAUCUGAAAGGGUGUGUGGUAGACAUGUCCAUUGCGCUCUCGGGCCACACCUCGUUUGCGAACCUGGCGCUCAAAAACGUCGAGAGGAGUCUGAUUGUUGCGGGCAACGUGGCUGGGCCGGCGCAUAUCACGGGCGUGUCGGAUAGUAUCAUUGUCGUUUCGGCACGGCAGGUGCGCAUCCAUGAGUGUAGGAAUGUUGAUAUUUAUCUGCACUGCUCGAGUCACCCGAUUAUCGAGGAUUGUUCGAAUAUGCGCUUCGCGUCGUUGCCGCCUAGCUUUGACACCACAGAAGAUCCCACCAAGAACCAGUGGGACCAAGUAGACGACUUCAAGUGGCUCAAAUCAGAGCCCAGUCCAAACUGGAGCAUCUUGCCCGAGGAGAAGAGGCUGCCCGAGGAGAUUUGGACAAAGGUUGUGCCGGGCGAGCGCGGCAAGGAUUUGCACGAUAUCCUCAAGGCGGUCGGCGUCCAGAAGCAUUGAAAAUCGGAUGGAACAUGCGGUACAUCGACGGGAUGCGGGAAAGUGAGAGGUCAUCGCUACUUGCAGAAGUUUCCUGGAUCGAAUCCUGGUUUGGAGUUUCAAGGAAGGCGGCUUUGCUAGGUACUGCAAGGUAGGCAUAAUAUGUUUUGGCGCAAGAAAAACAGCGUCCUUCGCUUUUAAAAAAUCUCUUCUGUUUGGUAGUUUCGCAUUUCGGGGUAUCAUAGUAAUUCAAUCUGGCAAAAGCUUUUCGUCCCAAUCUCUCUCCCUCUCCUCUUGCAUUCGUUCUCCCUCUCCUCCAUCUCGCUAGAAGCCUUCUUCCAUCGCACGUGUUCCAUCCUUCGCAUCACUCCGUCUCCAUCUUAUCCCCCCGUCCCCCCUCCUCAUGCCCAAACUUAACCCCCGCCUCCCUCAACCGAUCCAACACCUCACGCUGCAUCCGUAUCCUCUCCUCAAGCUCCUUGAUCUCCUCCUCCUGCUCAUCAACGGUGCGCUCCAUAUCCGGGAGGGUGCGCAUCUGCGUGCGGGCGCGCUGCAGCUUGUGCUUGAGGGCGUCGGUCUGCGCGGGGACGUCUUUGAGGGAGAGGGGCGCGUUGGGGCUGGCGGCGCCGGCGGCGGAACCGAGAGGGUUGGGCGUGGCGCCGGUGCCGGCUGGGGUCGCGCCUGUGGUGAGGGCGCCGCCGAUGGAGGAGGAGGAGGAGCCCGAGGUUUGGAUUGCGGUUCGGAGGCGGGUUAGGAUGCCUGUUAGUUCGGUGAGGGUGUCGAGGGCGUCUGGGGAGAGGGUUGGGGGUAGUUCGAGGGGGUGAGGCGGCAUUUUGGUGGUUUGGUUUGAUCUGGUUUCGGGGUCUUGUGUGAAUAGAGAGGUGACGUUCUGCGUUGUUGACAGAGUCUGAUGUGAGGUGUCGGUGAAACAGGUGAUUUGUGGAGAGGUGUCGGGGUAUUCUCAGCCUCGCGGUAGGUGCGUGAUGGAGAAUUAUGGUCGUUGGCUGCGUGGUCGAGGCUUGGAAAGUCAAUUGAAGCGCCACAGGAGAGGUGUAGGUAGGUGGGAUGAGGUGAGGUGAGGUGAGUUGAGGGCAGUUGCUCGGUGAGGUCCGUCCGCGUCCAGGGUCGUGUCAAGCUGGAACGGCAAGGGCCAAGGGCCAAGGGAGGGGGGGAAGCUCCGCCGGGGCAAGGAGCUUCCACGGGCGUUUUAGCGGCGCGGCGAUUGGUAGCUAAAAAUUGUUGAAAGUCAACAGAGG